UUCCGGAGGGAGGCGGAAGAGCCUCUCGGCUCUACUCUCUGGAAUCCCGGGAUCAGUGAGGGGGCCACCCGGGGUACAGGAAAGGGCCGCCGGGGCGGGUUGGCCGCCCUCGGGGUGUCGGGGCUGCGGGUCUGAGGGAUGAGGAGGGGCCAUGGCCAGCGACGGGGCCAGGAAGCAGUUCUGGAAGCGCAGCAACAGCAAGGUCCCGGGCAGCAUCCAGCAUGUGUAUGGCGCCCAGCACCCCCCAUUUGAUCCACUGUUACAUGGCACCUUGCUCAGGGCCACACCCAAGGUGCCGACCACGCCGGUGAAGGCCAAGCGAGGCAGCACCUUCCAGGAGUUUGAGCGCAACACCAGCGACGCCUGGGAUGCCGGCGAGGAUGACGACGAGCUCCUGGCCAUGGCGGCCGAGAGCCUGAACACCGCGGUCGUCAUGGAGACGGCCAACCGGGUCCUGCGCAACCACAGCCAGCGGCAGGGGUGCCACAAGCCGCCGGGGGCUCUGGGGCCCGAGCAGAAGCCAAAGCCUUCGGUGGAGCCUCCUUUGGUCCCGAGUGGUGACCUCCGGCUGGUGAAGUCUGUCAGCGAGAGCCACACGUCCUGUCCCGCAGGAAGCGCCAGUGAUGCCGUCCCUCUGCAGAGAUCCCAGUCUCUCCCGCACUCGGCGACCGUGGCACUGGGUGGGGUGCCCGAGCCCAGUACCCUCAGCAGCUCAGCCUUAAGUGAAAGAGAGGCCUCCCGGCUGGACAAGUUCAAACAGCUCCUCGCCGGCCCCAACACAGACCUUGAAGAAUUGCGGAAGUUGAGCUGGUCCGGGAUCCCGAAGCCCGUCCGUGCCAUCACGUGGAAGCUGCUCUCGGUAAGUCCCCCCGGGCCUACCUGCCCGUGCAUCUUCCUCCUGCGAGGACGGGCUCCCCUGGCCUGGCCAGGCUCCCGGCCCUGUCACGUGCCCUGUCUGUGCCGUGGUGAUCUGGGCCUUUGCCAGGGCCAAGGUGGCAUUUCCCACCCUUGCUUGGUUUCAAGCUUGGUGGAGUUCCGUCACCCCGGUGGAGGCUGCAGAUGCCUGAGCCCAGACCCCAUGCAAAAACAGAAAGAAUAUUUUGCUUUUAUUGAUCACUAUUAUGAUUCCAGGACGGAUGAAGUUCACCAGGACACAUACAGACAGAUCCACAUAGACAUCCCUCGAAUGAGUCCUGAAGCAUUAAUACUUCAACCCAAAGUGACAGAGAUUUUCGAAAGGAUAUUGUUUAUAUGGGCCAUACGUCACCCUGCCAGUGGAUACGUUCAGGGGAUAAAUGACCUCGUCACCCCUUUCUUUGUAGUCUUCAUCUGCGAAUACAUAGAUGAGGAGGACGUGGACACCGCCGACGUCUCCUGCGUGCCUGCGGACGCGCUGCGCAACGUGGAGGCCGACACGUACUGGUGCAUGAGCCGGCUGCUGGACGGCAUCCAGGACAACUACACCUUUGCUCAACCUGGGAUUCAAAUGAAAGUGAAAAUCUUGGAAGAACUCGUAAGCCGGAUCGAUGGGCAAGUCCACCGGCACCUGGACCAGCACGAGGUGAGGUACCUGCAGUUCGCCUUCCGCUGGAUGAACAACCUGCUGAUGCGCGAGGUGCCCCUGCGCUGCACCAUCCGCCUGUGGGACACCUACCAGUCGGAACCUGAGGGCUUCGCGCAUUUCCACCUGUACGUGUGUGCUGCUUUUCUCGUGAGAUGGAGGAAAGAAAUACUGGGAGAACGAGAUUUUCAAGAGCUGCUGCUCUUCCUCCAGAACCUGCCCACAGCCCACUGGGGCGACGAAGACGUCAGUCUGCUGCUGGCCGAGGCCUACCGCCUCAAGUUUGUCUUCGCGGACGCCCCCAAUCACUACAAGAAAUGAGCCCGGGCCCACCGCCGUGGCCUCCCCGCCCCGGGCAGCACACCCCACUGCCGGCCGGCUGAAGGCCACGGCCAAGGAGAGGCCUUGCUGGAGCGGCUGGCUGGGACGUGGUCCAGGGCCUGGCGAGGGCCAGGCGGCCUCUGUUUUCUGAGAUACCAAAGAGAGCCAGGGAGGGUCCCGGCCACGCGGGGCCAGAGAGGGGCCGGGCGUCCCCCUCUCCCGACCCUGGAGCAUCCUUGCCAAACGCCCACCUCGUGGAGCCCCCAGCCGGGGCGGCCUGAGAGGCAGACCCUCUCCGAGUGGCCUGCUGUCCGGGUGCCAGAGGCAGAGGGAGGUGGCAGCCAUCUCCUUACCUACUUGGAAAUGUAAAAAUUCUAUUCUGUUGAGUGAAAGAGAAUAAAACGUAGACAAAGUCACAAGUGAAACGUUGCACUAACCUAUGAAAUCUCUGCUCUCCCAGGCCUCUGACAGCAGGCGGAUUUCUGUAACUUCGUCACUUUAGCUUUGCCGCGUACUUGCUCCCUCGGCUUAAACGUGGCUGGAAGGCAGACGGCGAGCCUGGGGAGCCUCCGGCUGCAGCAGCUGGGAGCAGAGUGCGGCCUCUAGAAAUUGCCUUACUUUCCAUCCAUGACCUCUGGAAACAGAGAACCGCCCUGGCUGGUCUGUCGAGGAGGCUGCGCGGGCAGGAGCCCUUCCGCUGUGUGGUGCGGGGCGUCGGGCGGACGCUCAGCCGCCAGCCACAGCCUCGCUCGCCUGGGCCACCUGGACAGGUGGGUCCAGACGCUCCAGCUCUGUGAUCGGAGCCGUGAAGGGCUCCGCUGCUGCACCUGCACCCACACCGCGGGGGCCAAGUGGCCCGCGCCCCUCUGCUUGCUGCGUCUCCGGGUGUGUUGUGGACUUGAUCGCUGCUGCUGUGUGUUGGUCGCUGGGGCCGUGAGCCCAGCUGCAGAAGGUGCCAGACCCGCCCUGACCUGGGCUCUGCCGGGGCCCGUCCUGCUUCCCCCACAUUGCCCGCCCCGGCCAGAGAGCACCUGUCACGGGCAUGUUGCCCGUGGUGACGUGGACACCCCCGUGGAGCUCUAGGCCACAGCCACAGCCUCUGAGCCCUGAGCCCAGGACAGGCUCCUGACCUCUGCCCCAGACUUUCAUCCACGCGCAGGCAUCUCUUCCCACCACCUGCCAGCCCUCCCGGGGCAGCCCUGCCACCACCCAUCUUGGCACAGCUCAGGUGCCAGGUCGCUGCCCAGAGGCUGUGCAGCCGAGGAUCAAAGUACACAGUUGCACGUGUGUGAUGCUGUGCGUUCCUUAUUUUUGGCUCGUUACAUGUGCGUGGAAAUCAGCACAAAAUACUGUGCAAAUGUCAGAAGCCCCCAAAUCAGCGGAGGGACCUGCUUGCCUUAGAGCAGACGGAGAGCACCCCUACUGGCCGGUCCCUGCCCCCCACCCUGGCAUCAGGGGUUCCUCCCGGCGCAAGGCCCCCGUGGCCCGCUGCUGCUUUCCUGCCGGGCGUCCAGUUCCACGAAGGCCCGUCCUGCUUAGACCCCGGGCACUGCCCGCCGCGGCUCGGGUAGUCUGUGCAGCCCAGAUGCUGGGGACAUGAAAGUUGUCCCCUGGAGGCAGUUGACGUUUCAAAUAGGAAGCAUCUACGAAGUUCGGUGAGGCCCUGUGCGUGUUUCCAUGUGUAUGUAAACCUGGAACUGAACGCAGGGGGUGUUGACGGGGUCCUUGGAACCUGAGCCAAUCCGUCUGAAGUGAUCAGAGGCUGUUCUGUCUGGAAUACAAUGUGCGAAACACGGAAUAAAGAUGCAGUGAAAAUCCA